GUUCUUUUCCCUGCGAUUUGCUUUACUUGAAAGAGCCUUGAACUUUCUUAAAAUUUAAAAAUACUCAAUAAAAAAUGUUUACGAAAAAUUUAUCAACUAUGAUUACACGUAAUGCUUCAACAGUUUUCAGAAACCAAGAUAUUAUACGAAAUUUUUCGAUAUCAUCAGUCAAACGUGACAUUGUGAAAAUCCAAAGCACUGAAGAUUUUAAAGCUAAAGUUAUAAACAGUAAAGUUCCAGUCGUCGUCGAUUUUUUUGCAACAUGGUGCAAUCCAUGUAGGCUUUUGACUCCUCGUUUGGAAUCGAUUAUCAGUGAGAAUAAAGGGAAAAUAGUUUUAGCUAAAGUUGAUAUUGAUGAACAAACUGACUUGGCUCUGGACUAUGAAGUUAGCUCUGUGCCUGUAUUGGUUAUUAUCAAAGAUGGAAAAGUACAGCAACGCUUAGUUGGUUUACAAGAUACUGACAAAUUACGCAAGUGGAUAGAACAACAUACAAUUGAGGAAACUAAAGCAGAAAUAAAAGCUUAAAUUAUUUAAUGUGCUCGGGAGUACAAUAUGUUUAAUGAAAGUAUUGUUACUGUAAAUUUGUAGUUGGUAAAAAUAAAAGUAUAAGAGUAGUUUAAACUUUAUUCUUGCAAAAAUUGUAUCAAGUCCCUAGCUCUCUUGUAUACUGCUUCAGAUGGUUUUUUUAGCUCAUUCUCAGUCACUUCAUUUUCUUCUUCAUUUUUGUCUACACUUGUUUGUGAUUCUGUCCAGUCAUCCAUCUGUUUAAUAAUCUUGUUUGCAUCAUCUAACAACAUAUUCCUAAUAUUGCCUUUUGCAGAUUCAAAAUAUUCUAAAAGUAAAGACCAUGAUUCUUUUGGUACUAAAUUUUCGGAAAAUUUAUUCUUAUACAGCCAAACCUGUUUGGCUUUCAUAAAUUUCCAAUUUUGUCGAUGGUAUUUCCACUGAGAUAGGUAAUUUAAACAUUCUGAUUUUGUUUGUUCCUUGGCUGCAGCUAAACUUUCUGCUUGACGUUGUGCAAACUUUUCUCUCUUGAUUUGUCUAAUCGAUUUAUUUUUAUUGGACUGAACUGUAGAAUUGUCUGGUUUAUUCUUCUUUUUUUUCUUUUUCUUAGGUCCUUUAUUAUCUUCAUCUUCAAUUUCCAAACCUUCAGCAUCUGCAGAUACGUCUUUUGUAUCAUAAACUCUUUUUUUCUGAACUGUAGAAUUGUCCGAUUUAUUCUUCUUCUUUUUUUUGGAUCCAUUAUUAUCUUGAUCUUCAUCUUCUAUUUCCAAGCCUCCAACUUCUACAGAUACUUCUUUUUUAUCAUCUAACAUUUUCGAAUGUCUCUUUUUUCGUUUUUUUAUAUUACUUUCUCCUACCAUUAUAAUUUAUGACCUGUAUUGAAAAAUAUAACCCAAAACACAAAGAUAACCUAUAAUCUCGAAUCUUUCGGUCACAUUACACAGUUUAAU